GAGCAUCAGAUACAGAACUAGCAAAGUAGCCAAACAAAGGGUCCACAACUACAAAACCUUAUCUAUAGCCAGCCAAUAGAUUCCUUAUUUCCUUUCCAUGUACGAGCUCAAAACACUAUCCAAUCCACUUGUAAUAAUUGUUGACUUCAUAAAAAUGGACAUCAUCCCAUUUUCCUCAGCUCAAUCAAAAUCCCAAGUCAAGUAACUGUUAUGGCCCAUUCCCUAGCCACGCCACCCCCCGCAGCCAGCCCUUCCCCUUUCUCCACCAAAUCUACGAAGAACACAACCACCCAUGUUCCAUCUCUAGGGUUUCACAGAGAUUCUAAGCCUCUCUCUCAUUGCAGUCUUCUCCAUCGCAGGACUGUGAGCUUGGGUUUGGCAGGUGCAUUGGUGGGCUUGAACAUUGGUGACCGGAGUGCUAAUGCAGCUGCUAGAAGGCCGCCACCUCCACCACCACAGGAGAAAAAGGACCCGAAUUUAAGUGGCGUGCAAGCGAAAGUUUUAGCUAGCAAGAAGAGGAAGGAAGCUAUGAAAGAGUUUGCGGCCAAGCAAAGAGAGAAAGGAAAACCCAUAAAUCAACCAUCUCAAGAGGAAUGAAGAAUUCUACUUUGUUCAAUGGAGAGGAAAAUUGUUGUACCCAAUAAAAAGUAAUUACAGCUCCAGAGAGAGAUUUCAUCAACUUGAUUUUUUUUUUUAAGUUAUUUUGAUGAUGAUGAUAGGAUAUAAGCACUAGUUCUCUAGUCAUUGAUUAUGUAUGAGAAUGAAUGAAAAAAAAAUUCUAAUAAAUAUGCUUGUUCCAUACAUAA